GGUUUUAUUUAUUAAUUUAUUUUUUAACUAAAAGGGAAAUUAUCUUAUGCCAGCUUUCAAGCGAGAGAAAAAUAGCCGAAUUUCUUGGAAAUUAUCAAUAUAACUCUGCACCUAACUAACUGUAGCACUGUAUGUUGCUGAAUCGUUGCGGCAAUAAACGGAGCAGUACAGAGAGGAGCAGACCUACAACAUCCGGGCAAUAGUCAGCUUGCGCAGAAACGGAAUGGCGGAGGUGGAUUAAAAGCCCCUGCAGAAAAGUGUGGAGGUUGUGGCCUAGUGGAGAGUGGAGGAGGUACAGUGAUGAAGGCCCUCAGCAGGAGAAGCAGAAGAAGACUUAACAGGCCUUAGAGGACUUGGAAGAGUCUGUUCGCCCCAUGAAGAUGGCAGCGCAGUCCCACGCUGCCGGUGAGCUUCCUUUGGAGGAGCUGCUGGCUCUGUAUGGUUACACAGUGUCAGAUCCAGAGAAGGAGACCUGUCGCAUUGCUGCCAGACUGCCAGACAUGACACUGGAGAAGGAUCAGUUAACUGAGGAUCUCUUUCCUGGGGAGGAGGACGAAGAAUCGUCAGCUGAUGAUCUCACCCCCUCAGUCACCUCAAACACCUCAGAUCUGCUCCGCCGCCUCCAAGGUAGAGACAAAGACACAUUAGUCAGCUCAUCAGAUGAGGACUCUGACGAUGCCUCUAUUCCCUUUAAUGAAGAGCAUAAGGAGAUCAUGGUUGGCUCUAUGUACCAGGCAAAAAUCCCUCCACUCAGUUCAUGUUCCUACCAGGAGAGAGACCGCAGCAGUGAGGACCAGUUACUGUGGAGGCCGGGUGUUCUGCCAGUGCAGGAAGUAGAAGAGUUUUUGCUGAAUGCACAGAGCCCACAUGGCCAACAGGGGGCUACAUGCACACAAACACGAGGAGACACUGUCAGAGACAACCAACAGGCACUGUAUGAACUAGUUAAAUGCAACUUUAAUGCAGAAGAGGCCCUGAGACGACUACGCUUCAAUGUGAAAGUGUUCCGUGAGGAGCUUUGUGCCUGGAGUGAGGAGGAGUGUAGGAAUUUUGAGCAUGGCUAUCGGGUUUACGGAAAAAACUUCCACCUCAUUCAGGCUAAUAAGGUACGAACGCGCUCCGUUGGCGAGUGUGUAGAGUAUUACUACAUGUGGAAGAAGUCUGACCGUCAUGAGUACUUUACCCAGCAGGCCACCAGGCUCAGCCGCAAGAAGUUCAGCCUCCAGUCAGAGAGCAUAGAGGAUGGAGACCAGGACGGGGAGGUUGGGGAGCUGGAGGGAAGCAACAAUUCCUCAGGCUUGUCUCACAGCUCCAUGGGCACUGGGCAGCUGGAGUCCCCAUUACCCCCCCAGUCGAGUCUAGACCAGGACAAACAAGGAGGAGAGCCGUCCCCGCCGCAGGCGAACUCCCCGAUUUCACUUAAAGCCAUGAACUCGGUCCAGACAGGCCACAGAAAGCAGGCUGGGCCUGCAGUGGGGGCUAGUUGGGGUGUCAGACUUGUAUGUGACGGAUGUCGCGCUCUUGGCGUCCCUUCUCUCCCCCGCCCUGGGGGCCCUCCGGGUCCUACUCGGAUUGUUGUCCCCACACUUGUUCACCCCAGUCCCCGCCUUCCCCCAACCCCCGGGGGCUGGGAGAGCCCCCCUCUCCCAUGCGACUACAGCCUCCCAGGCUCGUGUUUUUACCAGCUGCACAUGUGUAGCGGACCGUUUGUCUCCGAGGGCCCUGACUGUGACACAGCAGGCGGUGGGACUGGCUCCCCCCACGGGCUGCAGGUAGAGUUUAGUCUGCCAGCGGCCUCACCUCCCUUCUUCUGUCCUCCCAUCACACUUCCAAGCAUUUGGCAGCCUGCUGCACUCCUCUCCCGUCCAGCAUCCACACUCUCUCACACAGUGAAGAGACAUGUGGAAUUCAAAACUGAGUGGUACUCUUCAUGGUUUGCCCUGUGUCGAGAUCUUUGAUCGGUGGUAUUUACACAAGGCUUGAACAAACCAGGACAAAAAGUGCAUUUACCUUACUUUGUGAAAAAGAAUGGACCUACUACCUGUGUUGGGGGGUAACUCUCCUGUCUGAAGCCUCUUUUUAAACGGAGACACUUGAACCCUCUGUCCAUUGUGGAAUGAUGAGUGUUACUACUAUCAGGACAGAAAUAUUGAUUGGAUGUGAUUAAUACAUACUUGUGAAAAUGCAGUGCAGAUGAUGAGAGCUGCACUGACCAGGCAAACAAACCAGAACUGGCUAGCAGUGAUUUUUUUUUUUUUCCUUUUCAAAAACGGAUCAAUGAUUGACAAUGUUAACCACUGUUUCUUUUUUUCUUUCUUCUUAUUUAUCAGGAUGAAAAAGUUUAACUGCAGCUCAGAUAUCAUCCAAACUUCUUCCUGCAAGAGCCAAUCACGUUUAUUUUUAGCUAUGUUCUGCAUAUUGAUCAGCGCUUUUGCUGCUGCAGCCGUUUGAGAUCUGUCUCUGGAGAGUGUCACAUUGACAUGGUUGCUGCCAUGCUGACCACAGAGUAAACUCUUCAAAGUCUCUUCAAAGUAUAUACUGAAUACUUUAUUUAAACUUUAAGUUUAAAUGUCCUCAAUGGAGUUCGUACUUGGCUGUCCCUUUUCGGUUCCUCAUGUCGGUUUAGUUUCCACUUCACUUGAAGAGUGGCAGAAGAGUCAGAAUUUAGUUUACAUGUAAAGAGCUGAAACUAAAUAACAUUUUCUGAGGUUAAGAUUUGAACGUGGUCGGUCAAAAAAAGAGCUCAAUAUUUUUUGCAGGGUUUAAUUUUGUAUUUGUGGAAGUUUUAAUGCGUGUUUUUAAUUUGAAGAUUUACAAAGAGAUUUACCAAGGUGCAGUGCUUUGUCAUCAUGUCUGAUCGUUUCCAUCACGUUGAAUAUUUCGUACCAUUAGGAGGCUGUUUGCCAUGCAGAUUAGGCCUAAAAUAAAACGUGUGAAUGUAGAAUGUAAAUGCGAACAUAAGUAAGUCACUGACUGCAAUCACACUUUGCUCAAAUUCUGCAACUUUGAUGAUCCCCAAGAUCAUUAAUCAAUGAGAAUCGCUAUCAGUCUGGACAGGUUUCACAAACGGAUCAGACAGGAAUGUUAUUAUGUGAUUAGAAGUUUAUUGGAAUAUGACAAAUCUUGUCAGUGUAAGAGUAAAAACUAAUGUAAUAACAGAUGUUGAGGUCCAAAUAUCAUGCUGGUAUGGAAUUUAUAAGAUCUUAUGCUUGCCAUUUUUCAUCCAAGUAACGUCCAAUCAGUGAACAAAGUGUGAACAAAGGUACAUUUGUGAUAUUUUUAGUGGGACAUAUACAAACUGCGUUUUGGAUUUAACAAAUCCAACAUCUCUUUCCUUCACCGACCCCUGCCGCCAGACAUAGUGAAACACACUGACUAAUGUCACACAUCUAGAUGCAUUAACAUUUCUAAUAAUAUAUUUUAUAGUGCAAUUCUCUCUAACAGUUUCUCAAAUAUGUCUUGCCUGUUUCCCAAAACUAUCAUGUUCCCUCAUGUUAGAGCUGUCAAACUGUCUUAUGAAUUUUGAGGAAGACAAACGUCUCUAUUCUCAGUGCACUUUUAUCAUUGCACAAUAUUUAAAUGAAUUGAUGUGAGGUCAUGGAUAUGAUAAAUACAUGUAUGGACAAAGCAUAUACUAAAGAUUACAGUGAAUAUUAGUUGAUUAUUUGAUUGAUGAGCUUUAAGAUACCUCCUUAUUAAGAAUAAUUAAAAUACAUUUUUUUUGUCACUUCACAAAGUCAUGCAUUGGUUUAUGUAUCCAUUAAUACACAACAUACAUAUGUGGAAUUAUCUUCUGCACGUUAGUCACACUCUCUAAAGCGGUAAAGGCAAAGUUACAGGGAACGGGUCAAAGGAUUAAGCCCCAAGUUCUUUCUUCCAUCUGUCCUAUUUAUUCCUCGUUUAUGUCUAUACAUGUGGAAACUCUUCCUGUAAUUCCUGUUAAAGCCAAGCCAGUUUCAGAUCAACAUUUGUUUGGUCUUUGUUUACAUGACAGGGGUUGGGGUGGGGGUGGGGCGGGGGGGUCAUGAUGAGACCAUGAAGGCAGGAAACAGGGCCGAAUCACUCUCUUUUUAUUAAUUCUUUUAUUUUUAGCAAUUUAUAUAUUGUACUGCUUCUGUUAUGUUUGUUUAUAAUUAUUUUGUAAAAAAUAAAAUAAAAAGAAAUGAUUGAAAUGAA